CCUAGCUUCGUUUGCCCGGAAAGAUUACAACUGUGGAAGGAUGAAAAGAAUGAAGACAGUGAGAAGAAAAUGAAGGAAUUGUGGGAUAUAUUUAUCCAAGCAGAAAAGAGAUCAAAGGAGCUGGAAGUGGAGUUGGCAACAUACAUAGAGAAAUUAGAUAAUGAAGAAUGUGUGACUGCCACCAUGACAGUGGAAUCUACAGUUCAGCUUAAUGAAAUACAAAAUCUGAAAAGGAGGAUUGCAGAAUUGGAAGGCAAGGAAACUGGUAUUGACAUGGAGAAGAUUGCCAAGAAAAAGGAGAUUCAAGAAAAGUACAAGGCAGAAAUUGAAAGCUUGUUGUCAGACCCAACAAUCUUUGAAAUGGAGAUGGAUCUGCCUACAAAACAACCAACACAACCAGUUGAAGAGAAAGAAGAAGAAAAGAAAGAAGAAGAGAAGCAACAAGAAGAGAGAGAAGAAGAGAAGAAGCAAGAUGCUCCAACACCUGAUGUUCCUUCAAGAGUACAAAGGGUGAAGAACAGAGAAAGAAAGGGGCUUCAAGCAUCUUGCUAUGUGUACGAAAAAAAUAAGAAAACAAAAAAGGAGGCAAAAAAGGAUGAUGAAGAACUACCACAAUUCAAGCUUAUCUCUUCCGAGGAGUUAACACAAGAGGCAUCUCAGCCCGAUGCCACAAAUCCAAUUCCUGACCCCCCUAAAGGAACGAGCCUUCAUGAUUCAAUACCUGUGGAUCUACAACAAUCAAGUGAUGAAGAUGAAGCACAAAAAAAGCAAACAAAGAAAAAACUAGGAUGGGGUCAGAAAAAGGUGUGGCAGAAAAUUCCAAAGCCGGACAGGGAAAGCAUUGAAAAACACUACUUAAGCACUCAACUUCGUGAUAUCUUCUGGGCAGGACUCAAUGAUGAGAAAGUGACAAACCAUGAUCUCAAAGAUAUUGUAUGGGACCUGGAACUGUCACAAAACGUCAUUGAGGCCUAUAUCCAAAUAGAGGAGGAUAAAAUAGAGCCCAUGCAGACAGAGAGUCCACAGUACAUGUCCACAUGGACUUGGGCUUACAUGCAAAGCUUCCUAGAGCCAUCUUGGCACAGGUUCCUGUAUGAACCCUUACUUGAAAAACUCGGGAAAUGCAAUGUUCUUUUCUUCCCAAUUAUUUCACAAGAAGAGUUCCACUUCACACUUCUCACAUUUCACAAAAAUGAACGAAAGUGGAGACACUACAAUCCACUUAGAUCGUUGGGACGUAGAAAAGAAGAAAGGUGCAUUGACAUUGCUCGAAACUUUGUUAAUAUUGUUGAAGGGUGGCUAGAAUAUAUAAGACCUCAAGCACGAGUGUUCAUAGAAACAAAAAAAAAACCAACACUUGUGAAGCAAAAGGAAGGGCCCCCAACACUUGUACAAAAAGAUUUGACUCCAAAUGAAGAACUCACUCUCAAAUGGAUUAUGCAAAAUCCAUUGCAGUUUCCAUUUGAGGAUGACAUGGAAUGUGCUCAACAAAGUGCAUCUUCAUUGGAUUGCGGCAUGUUCGUCAUGUUCUAUAUGGAUAAAAUAGCACAAGGACAGCCCAUUCCAAAAAGCGUGGACAAGAAAUUCAUGAAUGAAUAUCGAGCACAAUAUGUCACAAAACUCCUACACCACAAAAACUGUGUAAUUAAUCGUCUCUAGUGAUUUGCCUUUCGUUAACUCAAGACAAUAUGUAUCUUAAUUCUUGUGGAUGUUUGUAAAUAUUUCUAGUUAUGGUAUAUGAGAACAUAUUUCCUAUA